ACGAGCUGGUGCAAAAGUUGAUAGUUAGGGUUAUCGCAUGUAAAGUGGGUUACGCAAAGUGGAAAAAUCGGUCCCUGGCUGCACUUUAUACAGGAAAUCAAGGGAAGAAGGCACCACAUGUAGCUGUUGUCCUAUAAAACGUACGGAGAUGGUUAGUAGCAAUCAAAAUAGUAAAUAUGAUUUACUGUAAAUAAUCCUGCAGCCAACCUUGCAUCGCUGCGUGUGUGUAGGAAGCACUUCGGCGACGAUGCAUAUGAACGAGAUAUGCCAUCAGAAAGGACAAGGUACAGCUGUUGCUACUGUACUUCCAUGGACUGGAUCUGGCGCAGUGCCAAAAUACAAAGGCGCGUUUGAGAAGAGAACGCGUCAAAGCAAACGUGCGAAGGAGACUGAGAGCAGCAGGAAAAGGGAGGAGUGUGAAGAUCUUGACGAGGCAGUGAAGAAAAAUAAUCAAACAUGUCAGACCUUGGAGAAUGAGCUUCAAGAUGUUCUCCAGGAGAAGAAGCACUUGAGUCUCCACUUGUUCAACAAUAGCCAGAACACAGUCCAAUAUGAACAGGUGAAGUCAGAGUAUGCGCAGCUCAAAGAGACCCUUGGUGCUGUGACUCAGGAGAGAGAUUCAGCCCUGCGGGAGAAGACCCAGCUCCAAGGCAAACUGGAGAACCUAGAGCAGGUGCUAAAGCAUAUGCGCGAGGCUGCAGAGCGGAGGCAGCAGCUAGAGUUGGAGCAUGAGCAAGCCUUGGCUGUACUCAAUGCAAAGCAGCAGGAAAUUGACCUUCUGCAGAAGGCUCAGGUUGAGGCUAAGAAGGAGCAUGAGGGUGCCGUUCAUCUGUUAGAGAACCACUUGGACAGCAUGCAGGCAAAAGUCCGAGAGCUGGAGGAGAAAUGUCGGACACAGAGUGAGCAGUUCAACCUCCUGUCCAAAGAGCUGGAGAAGUUCCGGCUACAGACUGGAAAGUUUGAUAUCCUUGGCAGUGGCACCGAUCCCUUAACAGCGGGUGAAACCCCCGGAUCUCCCAACAAAUCCCUCUCCCAGCUCCUCAACGGGCUGGCUGCCCCCACAGUGAAAGGCAAUGAGAGUCCGCUGAGCAGAUCUGUGAUCUCUGAGUUCAUCCGACCGCUCCAGAUCAGUGGGGACAAGCCGGAGCUCCUGUCUGUAAAGCCAACAUUCCUCACCCGCAGCAGCAGCCAAGCUGAGAGCUCCCAACGGGCCCUCCUCACCGAGAUGGACAAAGAACUAAGCUCAACGACUAGGACCAAGAAGAGGUUCACAGGCAAGGUCCGUCUGUGCGUCGCCCGGUACAGUUAUAACCCCUGUAAUGGGCCCAAUGAGCAUCCUGAGGCAGAGCUCCCCCUGGUGGCAGGGAAGUACCUCUACGUGUACGGCACCAUGGAUGAUGACGGCUUCUAUGAAGGAGAGCUGCUGGAUGGACAGCAGGGCCUCGUCCCUUCCAACUUUGUGGACUUUGUUAAGGAUGAGGAGAUGCCCUCUGCUCAGCACAGGGACGGGGCCAAAGAGUCAGGCUACCUCAGUAGUAACCACAGCAGCCUGGGCUCCACAGGGCUGGGCAGCAUGUGCCUGAGCAGCAUCAGCAGCCUGCUGUCUGAUAGUAAGCUGGACCUGGAGACCAGCCUGGAGAGAAACCUGGAGAGAAACCUGGGGAGCAACCUCAGUUCCACUUUGGGUUCAACUCACUGUUCCACUCUUGGCAGCCACAUGGGUUCCACUCACGGUUCCACUCUGGGCAGCCACAUGGGUUCCACUCACGGUUCCACUCUGGGCAGCCACAUGGGUUCCACUCUGGGCAGCCACAUGGAUUCCACUCUGGGAAGCCACAUGAGUUCCACCCACGGUUCCACUCUGGGUUCCACUCACUGUUCCACUCUGGGUUCCACUCUGGGUUCCACUCUAGGCAGCCACAUGGGUUCCACUCUGGGUUCCACUCACUGUUCCACUCUGGGUUCCACUCACGGUUCCACUCUAGGCAACCACAUGGGUUCCACUCUGGGUUCCAGUCACGGUUCCACUCUAGGCAACCACAUGGGUUCCACUCUGGGUUCCAGUCACGGUUCCAGUCACGGUUCCACUCUAGGCAACCACAUGGGUUCCACUCUGGGUUCCAGUCACGGUUCCACUGGCCUGGGUUCCAGUCUGAGCAGCACUCUGACUAGCCUGGGCAGCAGCAGCCUGGGCAUGGACUUUCUGGGCUCCAUGGGUUCCUGCAGUAACGGGACAGGGACCCUGGAUGUCAGCAUUGACGAGAUUGGUGAAAACAUCGUGCCUUACCCUCGCCGCAUCAAUCUGAUCAAACAGCUGGCCAAGAGUGUGAUCGUGUGCUGGGACCCUCCGGUGGUGCCGCCCGGCUGGGGCUCCAUCAGUGGCUACAACGUCCUGGUGGACAAGGAGGUGAGGAUGAGUGUGCCUUUUGGAGGCAGGACAAAGUCGCUCGUUGAAAAGCUGAACCUGGCCACCAACACCUACCGCAUCUCGGUGCAGAGCAUCACGGAGCAAGGCCCGUCUGACGAGCUACGCUGCACACUGCUGGUGGGGAGGGACGUGGUGGUGGCUCCUUACUACCUGAGGGUGGACAACAUCACACAGACCUCUGCUGAGCUCUCCUGGCAGCCUAGCAACAGCAACUACAGCCACACCAUCUUCCUGAACGACGCUGAGUAUGACAUGGUGAAGGCAGGGGCCUACAAGUACCAGUUCUUCCAACUGAAGCCCAUGACCGUUUACAAGGUGAAGGCUGUGGCGCGAACACACCAGAUGCCUUGGCAGCUGCCCUUGGAGCACAGGGACAAGAGGGAGAUCUCUGUGGAGUUCUGCACCCAGCCUGCAGGUCCUCCCUUCCCUCCCCAGGAGGUGCAGGUCCAGUUGGGCCAGAACCCUGGGGUGCUGCAGGUACGAUGGAAGCCCCCCCUCCUCACCCCCACUGGAACCUCCAACGGAGCCAACGUGAUUGGCUAUGCCGUGUGCACAAAGGGACAAAAGAUAGCGGAGGUGAUGUACCCUACGGCAGACUAUGUGACAGUGGAGCUGAACAGGAUCCAGUGUCUGGAGGCCAGGGAGGUCAUUGUCAGGACGUUAUCAGCAGAAGGAGAGUCUCAGGACUCUCCCGUGGCCACCAUACCGCACAGUAUCCUGGGGCCUCCCCAUCACUCACCCCACCAUCGCCCCCCUGCACACCCCCAUCCUUUGCCCCAGCACCAUCCGCCACACACACAAACACACCCGCCCUACCCCCAGACCUACCCCUUGUCACACCCCCAACCUCAGGUCCACCCUCAAUCCCAGCCCUACACCUUGCCCCAUGGUCAGCCGCUGCGCCACCCACCCCCUCACCCCCACCCCCAUCACCAGCCUUACCCCAUGUCUAAGCCCAAACUAGUAAGUGCCAGAGAGUCAGAAACCAAAGAGCAUGAGGUAGGCCUGCGGCCUGGCCCGCCCUGGGAACGCUCCCUCUCGCCCCUCCCUCCUCCCAUGUGUGGACACACUCUGGAGCCGCCCCACUUCCAGGGGCGCCGUUCGCCCUCUCCUCAGAGGAUUCUGCCCCAGCCUCAGGGAGCCCCCAUCCCCAACACCAUCGCCAAGGCCAUGGCCAGGGAAGCUGCACAGAGAGUGUUCGCUGAGAGUAACCGGAUUGAGAAGAGGAACAUCUUCAGUGAGCGGAGCAUAAACUCUGACGAGGAGGAGGAUGGUUAUGACUCUCCCCACACCAGGAGGAGAGGGGCCUCUGUGGACGAGUUCCUCAGAGGCUCUGAACUAGGGAGACAUGUACGGCACCACUACAGCCACAGUGAAGAGUACCAGACAGAGAGCAGCCGCGGCUCAGACCUGUCUGACAUCAUGGAGGAGGAUGAGGAUGACCUGUACUCUGAGAUGCAGCUGGAGGAGGGCCGUCGACGCAGCAUCAACUCUCACAACACUCUCAAGAAGUAUUACAGGCGUCAGGACCUGGGAGAGGAGAGGGACUGCUGGGACCUACAGAGGGAGGUGGUGAGACAGAAGUCCCUGCGUCGUAAACGGCUCCACAGCAUCCCUGAGGUGGCCGAGGACGAGCCCGACGGAGUCAAUGGGAUGGGUCAUCAUCAUCAGCGCCUGCGCUUUGAUGACGGAGGCAGGCCUGGUACACCCCGCAUGCAUCGCAGGGGCCCCCGUAUCUCCCAGCAGCACCCCCAUCAGCACAACCACCUCUCCCCCAGCAAGAACCACCGCCGCCUGCUGCAGCGUCAGCACUCCUCUCCCCGCUAUGCCUACGCUUUCGAGGAGCGCAGCCUGCGCCGGCUCACCAAGAGUCCUGACAGUGGCCUGGACUGUGGCAGCGAGGAGGAGGGCUCUUUGGGGUACAGGGGUUACCCCCACGGCAGCCCCAUGAGGGGCCAUAUCCGCUACAUCCACUGUGAGGGGCCGGUAGAACGAAGGGCUCUGGCUGCAGGCAGGAAGAAGCAGCUGACACGGCAGUGCAGCAUGGAUGAGGACUACUGUGACAGCCCUAAGACGGGCCACCUGUCUGACCUGAAGAACAGGGAGGUGCACUACGGGCCAACGCGGGAGCCAGGGCAAAGCCCCAGACACGGAGCCCUGAGCGAGGGCAGGCUCCACGAGCUGGACAGGGCCUAUCACAGGGACCUUAGGGCCAGCUAUGUGAACAGGCUCAACAGGGUCUCGGACCAGCCGCUGAUUAUAGGGAACUCCCCCUCCCAUGGAUGCUCCCAUGGCGACCGGCUGGACCAUUCAGGGAGGAGGCCGGUCCACGGCGGCAACCCCCCACAGCGACGGCCCAUGAUGGUUCCUUCCAUUGAGAUCACCAUGAUGGAGAGUAACAGUGAGGGGAGUGAGGGGAACUUCUCACCUGGCAAGGAGAAUGCUUACUAUCACGGCAGUGUAGCUCGGCACAGGAUAUGGCAUCAUAAUGAUGGGUACGGCGGGCAGGGCCGCGGGCGCCGGUCGCCAGAAUACUACGAAGAGUCAGAGGACCUGGCACGUAUAUUUGUGGCCCUGUUUGACUACGACCCCCUGUCCAUGUCCCCCAACCCUGAUGCUGCUGACGAGGAGCUGCCCUUCAAAGAGGGGCAGAUCAUCAAGGUGUUUGGGGAUAAGGACACGGAUGGUUUUUACAGGGCAGAGAUCCGUGACCGUCCAGGUCUGAUCCCCUGUAACAUGGUGUCAGAGAUCCAGACUGAGGAUGAUGAGAUGAUGGACCAGCUACUCAAACAGGGCUUCCUCCCACUCAACACUCCUGUAGAGAAAUUAGUGAACUGCGACCGCUUCAAAGAUGGCCGCUCAAUAAACCGCAGGUCCCGAAAAUCCAAGCGAGAGAGGAACAGGCGGAGUGGGCGUCAGCACCCCUCGUCCACACGUAGAAUGGUGGCCCUGUAUGACUACGACCCCAGGGAGAGCUCCCCCAACGUGGAUGUGGAGUACGGGAGAGACGGGCUGAAUGAGGCUGAACUGACAUUCUGCGCUGGUGACGUCAUAACAGUUUUUGGUGAAAUUGAUGAAGAUGGGUUUCAUUAUGGCGAGCUCAAUGGACACAAAGGUCUUGUUCCCUCUAACUUUCUAGAAGAAGUGCCUGAUGAUGUUGAGGUUUUUCUCACUGACACUCCAUGUGGAGAUUCUCGAUACCCGCAGGACGCUGCAGCGCGGAUAAAGACCAAAAGGGUUCCGUUGGAAAAAUCGAGUCCGCCCAGAAGAGCUGCCUACCCCAAAGUGCACCAACACAUCCCCGGCACUGGCCCUGCUACCGUGGGGCCUGGCAGUCCCAUCAGGGGCCCCCGCGACUUGUCCUCCAAAAAGAAAAAGGGACUGCUCUCCAAAGGGAAGAAACUAUUGAAAAGACUUGGCGCUGUAAAAUAACCCCUUCAUAUACUUGAAGUAUAUUACCAACCACAUCAUAGAGGGCUCUAUUCAAUCUGUAGUGCUGAAGCGGUACCGAUUCCGUGAUAGAAAUGUAAAGGUCAUUUCCAAUUGAGCAGUGUUUACCAUGAAUGCAGUCUCCACUCCACUCCACUGCACUCCACUCCACUCCACUCCACGGGUACAUUGCCUUUAUAUUUCAAUCACGCUGAAAAGCUGAAUUUCCUCGAUGCGGAUUGAAUAGAGCCCUAAAUCUCAAACACUUCCAUUACUGUAAGUUCAGUCCUGUGAGACGAAAAAAUCCACUGGUUGAAGAUUUUGAUGCCAUAUAAUAACCAGUCAGAUGCUGUACUCUUACACAUCUGUUGUUGUCUACUAGAAACCAUUUAUUUUUUAAUUGCAGUGUGUAUUUUGAAUAAGGUCCAGGGACCUCAUUUGACAUUUAAUGUCAUAAGCCAACCUCUCUGGUCAUGUAUAUUUUGCUAUCUGAAGCACAGGACUGCAAUGCGAUGGGAUAAAAUAUUCUCCAUCUUGAAAUGGCCAAUAGUACGUAGGUGUGUGUUUGACUGAAGACUACAAUGUCCCCCAGAAUAGGAGGUGUUUAAACCAGUCUCUUUGGGGCUGAGAUCAAACGAUAGAGCUCAGAAUGGCCAGUCAACAUCAUACUUGAUGAGACUACUACUGGUGGCCCUUCCUAACCAUACACUUCAUGUUGUAGUACCCAAAUGAGGCAAGGAAAAGAGCAGUUUUAUGGCCAGGCAGCUGAGGUCCUUGUAUGGGAACUGUAUGGGAGGUUUGCAUGUUUUACCUGAAAGCACAUCCAGAAUGAUCAUUCCCACCCAACAUUUGAAGCACAUGCUAACUGAUGGCCUUUUCUAUCAGAACAUGUUAGCAAGGCACAUGUGCAUGCUAUGUCGGUGCAUUUGAUGACAGAAUCUACACUGAGCAAAAUGUACUAAAUUAAUUUUAGUAGUAAAAAGCAUGUCCUCGUUUUCUUUACCUCCAUACAGAAUAUUCCAUACAAACCUAAUUGUCAGAUUGGUUCUCAGUUCAACUCAAGCCCAGGUACACAUUUGACUAGUCACGACCUAGCACCUGAAGUCAAGAUCUGUGCACUGGUAAAAUAUGCUACAUCUCCAGAAAGACCGAAGUCAGAUAAGCAAGUAUCAAUUCCUAACAGCAAGUAUUAGUUCUUCAAACACACCAAAAGACCUCUGGACAAGCACAUUAGAUAGGAAAGGGUUUCAAGAUUCAGUUUCUUUAUUUUUUAAGUAGUUGAAUGGUCAUGAAAUGCCUAGUUGAAACCAACCUCCAUGUAUUUGCCUUAUAAAUGCACAAUUGUUUGUGUCCAGUCAGUGGAGAUUUUUUUAUGUCUUGUAUGCAUUCAUGUCAUUGCAAUACAUCCUUCUAAACAUGAAAUAUUUUUGCAAAAGAUGUUUAUCAAAGCUCGUGAUGUGCAUUUUAUUACUUGUAAGAGUGUCAUGUUUUCUGGAGGAGCUGAGCAUUAUUAGCUUGUUUGAAACUUCAGAAGGCCCAACUUUACACUCUUCAUGUUCUGUCCACAUUAAAAUGACAUAAAGAGAAAAAAAAGAAAGAAGUGUGGUGAAAAUGUAAAGGUGUAUUUAAUGUUUUUUUUUGUCUGUACAUUGUCACUAUUUUGGCACAAAAAAUUCAAGGCACUUUUAUUUUGUUCUUCGUGUUAUAUACAGUACUUGCAAUGUGUUCAUUCUGCAUUCACAAUCCCAUUUUGACAUAGGUUUGUGUACAAGACAAUGGACAAGAAGGAAAUGCAAUUGAAGGCCGGUUCAAUCAAAACUGUUUCCAGGAUAAGUUUAAAUCAGCAUUCUUCCUGUGCAACAACAAAGCAUGGUGUGAAUUAAUGUGCAGUUGGUUACCAUUUUGUUUAAAACAAAACAUUUUUGUAGAGUACACUACAAACUUGCAUUAUGCAGUAGGAUAAUGUUAUGUUUGACUUAUCCCAGACACAAGGUUUGAUAGAAUAACCUUCAUUGGAUGUAAGUCAUAUUAAGUUAUUUCUGUUACAUAGAAAUUGUGAUUUCAACAAGACAAGUCUACCUCCAUAAUGACCCCUAGAAUUCCAACUAAUUUGACUCCAUGUUCACAGAAGCCAACUCCAUUUCAUUGAUGAAACUGAGCUCUUUCUGUUUGCCCAGAAGUAUUGUAUUUGUGUCAGCCCCCAACUAGCACAUAUAGUAGUGAAUGUAUGAUUAAUUGAAAGCCAAUGUAUUAUAUUUAUCAAAACUAUCCAUGAUGAGUAUGCAGAUGUCCAGCCGUUUUCUGGUCCAGUUUGUAUGUGAAAUGAAACCUUUUUCCAUCUGUUAAGAACCUCUUACACUAUUUUGUUCAUCAUUUCAUCUUUCCAUUCAAUUUACAUCACUGUUUUGUUUUUGAACUACUACUUACAUGAGAUUUGAACUGAGACUGCCAAAAAAGAAUGUAUCAAAAGCAUUCUGUAUAACGUUCUGUACAAUUCUCAGCCAAAUAGGCAUUUCAAUCUACAGUUAAUAGAUGUACAUCUUUUCCAUAAUAAGUUGUCCGUCAUUGCUUCUAUACAUAUUGUUUGAGUGACUUGCUCUUUUUGUACUUUGUCCAUUUGUAAAUUGUUUUUAAAUGUUUAUACUUGAUUUUCAGACUGCCUUUUUUGUACAUAAAAAUUUAUAAUCAAACUGUGCAAAGCUUUCCCCAUGGUGUCUUCAAAACCAUGUUUUAAAAGUCUGCAAUUGUGUGCUAGCUUUAUGAAAAGAAAUAGCCUAUAUUGGGGGUUACAAAAUAUUGUGUGGGUGUGCAUGUGCAAUUUUUUUUAUAAAACAAAUUUGAUAUUUUGUAA